AUGUCCAUGUUCACCGUCGAUUAUGACACCUACAAGGGCAAGUCCAUCCCCGAGAUGAUCGAUAUCCUGAGUACGUCUUUCAGAACUCUCCAGCAGAACUUCCCUCCGUACGAAGCGCACUCUCAGGUCUUGAGGAGCGACGUCAACCGACAGUGUCGGUUGUUCCGCGAGUGGGCAGAAGACCCGGAGCUUCCUGUCAAGGCCGCAGUUUCGAAGCCCAGGGCGAAUCAGAUGAGGAAGCUUCUGCACGAGAUCGGUUCCCUCCUCGAUGCUGACGGAUACCUGAAUGAGGUCGAUGCUCAUCUCCGUGACCUUCACGGCAAGUCCGCGGAUGCCAAGAAGGAACUCGAGAAGAAGAAGGAGGAGGAGGAGAAGAAGGAAAAGGACAAGGACAAGAAGGACGAGAAGAAGGACAAGAAAAGUACCGUAAAACAUCACAAGUCCCCUCUCUACCGGCAAGUGCCUGACCGAACGGUCAGGGCCAAGAAACACGUCUCUAGACUGUGA